CCGCGCGGCAGCUCCCUCCUACCCGGUUGCCACACCCACAGUCUGCCACAGCAGCAACAAGCUAGACAUACCUGCGUGCGUACGUACGUUUUCGUUUUCCUUUCUUGCUCCGGCCGGCCGGCCGGCCACGUAGAAUAGAUACCUGCCCAGGUACGUACCUCGUUGGCUCAGACGAUCGGCGGUUGGACUUGGGUGCGCGCCCUGCCCUGCUCCGGCCAAGGAAAGAGGUUGCGCUAAAGACGGGCGGAUGGCAAAGGACGACGGGUACCCCCCGGCGCGGACGCUGCCGGAGACGCCGUCCUGGGCGGUGGCGCUGGUCUUCGCCGUCAUGAUCAUCGUCUCCGUCCUCCUGGAGCACGCGCUCCACAAGCUCGGCCAUUGGUUCCACAAGCGGCACAAGAACGCGCUGGCGGAGGCGCUGGAGAAGAUGAAGGCGGAGCUGAUGCUGGUGGGAUUCAUCUCGCUGCUGCUCGCCGUCACGCAGGACCCAAUCUCCGGGAUAUGCAUCUCCCAGAAGGCCGCCAGCAUCAUGCGCCCCUGCAAGGUGGAACCCGGUUCCGUCAAGAGCAAGUACAAGGACUACUACUGCGCCAAAGAGGGCAAGGUGGCGCUCAUGUCCACGGGCAGCCUGCACCAGCUCCACAUAUUCAUCUUCGUGCUAGCCGUCUUCCAUGUCACCUACAGCGUCAUCAUCAUGGCUCUAAGCCGUCUCAAGAUGAGAACAUGGAAGAAAUGGGAGACAGAGACCGCCUCCUUGGAAUACCAGUUCGCAAAUGAUCCUGCGCGGUUCCGCUUCACGCACCAGACGUCGUUCGUGAAGCGGCACCUGGGCCUCUCCAGCACCCCCGGCGUCAGAUGGGUGGUGGCCUUCUUCAGGCAGUUCUUCAGGUCGGUCACCAAGGUGGACUACCUCACCUUGAGGGCAGGCUUCAUCAACGCGCACUUGUCGCAGAACAGCAAGUUCGACUUCCACAAGUACAUCAAGAGGUCCAUGGAGGACGACUUCAAAGUCGUCGUUGGCAUCAGCCUCCCGCUGUGGGCUGUGGCGAUCCUCACCCUCUUCCUUGAUAUCGACGGGAUCGGCACACUCACCUGGGUUUCUUUCAUCCCUCUCAUCAUCCUCUUGUGUGUUGGAACCAAGCUAGAGAUGAUCAUCAUGGAGAUGGCCCUGGAGAUCCAGGACCGGUCGAGCGUCAUCAAGGGGGCACCCGUGGUCGAGCCCAGCAACAAGUUCUUCUGGUUCCACCGCCCCGACUGGGUCCUCUUCUUCAUACACCUGACGCUGUUCCAGAACGCGUUUCAGAUGGCACAUUUCGUGUGGACAGUGGCCACGCCCGGCUUGAAGGACUGCUUCCAUAUGAACAUCGGGCUGAGCAUCAUGAAGGUCGUGCUGGGGCUGGCUCUCCAGUUCCUGUGCAGCUACAUCACCUUCCCCCUCUACGCGCUAGUCACACAGAUGGGAUCAAACAUGAAGAGGUCCAUCUUCGACGAGCAGACAGCCAAGGCGCUGACCAACUGGCGGAACACGGCCAAGGAGAAGAAGAAGGUCCGAGACACGGACAUGCUGAUGGCGCAGAUGAUCGGCGACGCAACACCCAGCCGAGGCACGUCCCCGAUGCCUAGCCGGGGCUCAUCGCCGGUGCACCUGCUUCAGAAGGGCAUGGGACGGUCUGACGAUCCCCAGAGCGCACCGACCUCGCCAAGGACCAUGGAGGAGGCUAGGGACAUGUACCCGGUUGUGGUGGCGCAUCCCGUACACAGACUAAAUCCUGCUGACAGGCGGAGGUCGGUCUCUUCGUCAGCCCUCGAUGCCGACAUCCCCAGCGCAGAUUUUUCCUUCAGCCAGGGAUGAGACAAGUUUCUGUAUUGAUGUUAGUCCAAUGUAUAGCCAACAUAGGAUGUGAUGAUUCGUACAAUAAGAAAUACAAUUUUUUACUGAGUCAAAAAA